CUGGAUCCGGCUCUUCUCCGGCCAGGACGCGUCGAUAUGACUAUUGCUUUUGGAUACGCUGGCCGCGAUGCCAUGCGCGAGCUCUUCUCGGCCAUUUACAGUAUUCUCGAGGGUGAUGCGCGGGGAUCCAGGAUGAAGUCCGUUAAAAAGGCGUCAGGACAAGGGGAGAAGCAACAUGUCGAAGCUACACUCACUCAGCGGAAGAGGCAAUGCUUGUCAAAAGAAAAGAUCGAAGAACUGGCAUCUGAGUUUGCAUCACGCAUCCCAGAGGGUGAGUUCACCGCUGCUGAGAUCCAGGGUCAUCUGCUCAACUACAAGAAUGAGCCGGAGGCUGCUAUCAACGCGGUCGAGGAGUGGGUGAGAAGUGUUCGAGCCAAACGAAAGGAAAAGGAACAGUCUAAAUGA